AUGCAUGUUCCACAGACAGAGGAGGAGAUCGAGUUUCUCCGUGAGUGUGUCACCGCACUACAGGCGAACUUCGAAUACAUGGAGGAGUACAUCUCGGCGGAGAUUCGGUUCUGGGAUUCGGCGUUGGCGGCGAAUGAGCGCAACCUAGACGACUGGUAUGCAAGGGAGGCUGAGCACCCUGUCAUGGAAGAUACGGAGUAUUUUGCCCAUGACUACACAGAGUUCCGUAGCUUAGAUGACAUGUGA